CAGUUUCUGGUAAAUCUUGUGGAGUUGGGAGUGGGGCUGGCCCGACUCGUCUGUUUACUUCUAUUUGAAGGCUUUUCACACUGCGGCGGGAGCGUAUAUAGCGGCUCGUCCCGGCGCGCGGACUCCACAGCGGAUCAUGGCAGACCUGCGGAGGAAACUUGUGGUGGUGGGAGACGGCGCGUGCGGGAAAACGUGCCUCCUGAUCGUGUUCAGCAAGGACGAGUUUCACGAGGGCUACGUCCCCACCGUGUUCGAGACCUACGUGGCGGACAUCGAGGUGGACGACAAGCAGGUCCAGCUGGCGCUGUGGGACACGGCCGGACAGGAGGACUACGACCGGCUGCGGCCGCUCUCCUACCCGGACACGGACGUCAUCCUGAUGUGCUUCUCCGUGGACAGCCCGGACUCGCUGGAGAACAUCCCCGAGAAGUGGGUGCCCGAGGUCAAGCACUUCUGCCCAAACGUGCCCAUCAUCCUGGUGGGGAACAAGAAGGAUCUGCGCAACGACGAGAGCGUGAAGCGCGAGCUGUCCCGGCUGAAGCUGGAGCCGGUGAAGCCGGAGGAGGGCCGCGCGAUGGCCGCGCGCAUCGGCGCGUACGACUAUUUGGAGUGCUCCGCGAAAACCAAGGACGGGAUCUGGGAAGUGUUCGAGGCUGCGACGCGGGCAUCGCUCCAGAAACGAACUUCGUCUUCGGAGAGCUGUUUGAAAUGCUGCUCUCUGAUGUGAAAAAGUCACGUGGGCGCGAGACUUUCUUUCUUUCUUUCUUUUUUUUUUCCUACCUGUGGAGAGGAUCCGUGUCUGGACAUGUGUGGGCUCUGGCCAUGCUUUGGACACUCCCAUGUAAUCAGAUGCUUUUUGGUUGAACCAAAAAAACUGAAAACAAGUUGUUGUUUUUUUUGGGACACUAAUAUGAGCUGAUACCAGAGUGUCUGAACUGCACUGCUUAUUCUUUCUUGGCCACAUGAAUCCAGUCUGACUUGUGUGGAGGGGUGGAAAAAGGACAGACAACAAACCGUCUUAUUUUUUUUUAUUUUUUUUGAGGAAGACACUUUUUCAUAGCUGCUUAUGUGAACAUGUCAUGUCUAAAGGUCUGCUUUGCCACAGUCAAGAUUUAAAUGGCCCACUUUGUGUGUGUCAGGGUGUUUUGCCUUACUGCCAAAGGGUAUAAUUGUUUGCAUCAAGCAGAGCAGAAAAUUUGCACUUGUAAUUUAUGUCCACUUUGUAUUAUGAUCGAGUUUGAAAUUGCACAGCAACUGUACGCCACAGUGCAUCACACAAAGCCUUUCAUAAAACUACAAGCCAACGCCGCAGUGUUCUGUAUAUAUGUUUCUACAAUCCUAGCUUGAGUUUACAGAUGAUAAAAUAAGUAGUCUCAGGUUUGCUUGCAGGAGCCUCAUGCAGAGAUGUUGUUUCCAGUACCACAACAUUUCAUGCCUGAUGAUAAAUGCCUUGCUGUUUUCAUAAAUGCUGUGACUGGUUUUAGGAAACUACAUUUUGGUUUGUACGGAAAAGGGCUAACUAACCACAGCGUUGAUGGGAGUUUUGCAGAUUUUCAGUCACCACAACAACAUCACACUUAUAAUUUUGCUAACCAUGUGUUAACCACAUGUCUUCUGCUCAGCUUUGGCUAUAUUGACUAGUUUAUAGGCCACAUAUUGUUUGUUUUUCUGUCAAUUAUACAGCCAAAUAGUACUUUAUUUUUCUUUACACCAAAUAUUUUGAAGCACAUAUAAAAGUCUAUGUCUUGCUGUUUUUGGGGAUUUGGUGCGUCUUGACCAUCUCCAAGCCUCUGAAGAACUGCGGUCUCCAUUUAGCUGGGGCACCAUCUGUGGCCAUGUGGAUGACAUUUCUAAGGGAGGAUUAAGCAUGUGAGAUGGUUUGGCAUGUGAGCGCUCUGCUCACUGAAGCACGUUGUCUCUGAAAGUGUCAUGGAGCUAAUGGCACACAUUCAUGCGGAAUUAAGCCAUCUCAUGGCGGUUACAUCUUUUUUUCUUCAGUUCGUCAUGUUGCAGUGCCAUCAGCACAGUCUCACAUGACAUUAAAAUUAAUAUUUUGAUCAAUGGGAAAAAAUGCUACGGCGAAGUGGAUUUCUAAAGCUGUGAAACACAGCUGAAUUGAAAUACUUGUAAAAAAAAAAAAAACACUAGUUUUUUGAUCUUGAUGUCUUCCACUAUGACAGUGAAUGUACCUCAACUGACUUGUACAACUCUCU